GAAUUACAUAUCCACCACUGCAUUACUUUGCUUCCACGUCUGUCUCGUUGUGCUCGUAUUCUUACUAAAAUCAUUUACAAAAAUGAGGAAAACUAUGUAUUAUAAGUUUUACCUAAUUUCAAUUCUUUUUUGUGUUCUGCCUUCGUUACAAAUUUCUCUCGAGGAAUUUGUGACUUUAACCCGUUCCCAGAAAGCAGCACUGGAUCAGUUUCGUAGUGCUGUUAGUUCCCAACUUCCACAGGAAUAUAUGAAAGAUGAUGUUUAUUUAAUCCGUUGGUUGAGGGGUGAGCAGCAAGACUUUGAAGUGUCACGGGCAACAAGUCGCAUACUGGAAGAUAUUCAGUGGAGAGAAGAAAACGAUAUUGAUAAUAUUUUACACGAAGACUGGUCCGAUUUUGACCGUGAAUUUCGAGUGAAUGUUGAAGGCUGUGAUAAAACGGGGCGUCCCAUCCUCUCAAUUCCGGUCGGAGAUUGGGACCUUCGUCGCGCCAUUGUUGCCGGUCAGUCUGACCGCCUCAGGAGAUAUUUCAGCAAAAUGUUCGAAGAAGCAGCCCUAGUCAUGCGAAGGUUUCAAGAAAAUGAGCAACGAGCUGUCCAAGGAUGGAUAAUUUUUGACAUGGGGAAUUUCAACCUAAUUCAGCAGGGAUGUGCACGAUGUAUACCCUUAUUUUUCCACAUUUUAUCCGUUAUUGAGCAACAUUACCCAUAUUCUCUGCACAAGGUUAUUUCUGUGAACACUCCAGAAUUUGCACUCCCAAUUUACAAUAUCUUCAAAGGUAUUCUAUCGAAAGAGGCAACCGAAACUUUGCACAUUUUUGGCAGGAAUAAGAAAAAAUGGGGGGAGUUCUUGCUAGAGGAAAUUGACGAGUCCCAACUUUCGAAAAAUUUGGGAGGGACAAAUUUGGACGCUGUAGAUUAUGCAGAUUUAAGAAGGGCGGAUCCUUCCUCGUAUACUUGUCCUGAUCUGGAUCUCCUUCGUCAUUAGUGCAAUUUUGAAGCAUGGAAUGGACAUAAAUAUUAAAAAAUUAAUGUGAAUACAUUUUUUAAUACUACAUAGCUGUAAAAUUCGUUGUAUUCGUUAUAAAACAAUAAACAUUAAUCUACCAAAUUUUCAGUACGCAAAAAA